AGCUAACAUGUGGUCUUCAUCCAAUCUCCACCACCACUUCCUUCUACCGCCUUCGAAUUUCUAUACAUUUUCCUCAAGACGCCCUUCUAUUCGUCUUCUUCCUCCACCCAAUUCACUUUCCUCAUCUCUCACCAAUCCAACAAACAUCACACCUCAGAGAACCCUUUGCCUGCACUCCUCUUGGACGUCAAUGGCGGCAGCAGCAAUCGCCGUCGCUUCCAGUUCACGCUCCUUCCGGUUAACCCGAAUGCCGUUCCUAGGUCAAAAACCCACAUCUAGAACUUCUCAAUUUCCAUCCUCUAUCAGAAACUUCGACCCGAUUGCUCGGUUCCGACGGACGCCUAGGUUGACAGUCUGUUUCGUUGCCGGAGACCAGAAGUUAGAGACCCAAAUUGUUGAGGACAACGGCAGUGGUAACAAUCCUGGACCUAGCGGCGGCGAGGGUUCAGAUGAGGAAAUAACUCAGGUGAUGUUGAGUAGUACUAGUAACCGCGUCGUAGAGGAAAAAAUGGCUAGGAAGAAGUCCGAACGCUUUACUUACCUUGUCGCAGCUAUCAUGUCUACUUUUGGGAUUACUUCCAUGGCUGUUAUGGCUGUUUAUUACAGGUUUUCAUGGCAAAUGGAGGGUGGAGAUGUUCCUUUUGUGGAGAUGUUUGGGACAUUUGCUCUCUCUGUUGGCGCUGCGGUAGGAAUGGAGUAUUGGGCGAGAUGGGCGCAUGAAGCUCUAUGGCAUGCUUCUUUAUGGCACAUGCAUGAGUCACACCAUAAACCCCGAGAAGGCCCCUUCGAGCUCAACGACGUGUUCGCGAUUAUAAACGCCGUUCCGGCGAUUGCGUUACUGAACUACGGCUUCUUCCAUAAAGGAAUAUUUCCCGGCCUCUGUUUCGGCGCUGGGCUUGGGAUAACGGUGUUUGGAAUGGCGUACAUGUUCGUCCACGAUGGCCUUGUUCAUAGGAGAUUCCAAGUGGGUCCCAUUGCAAAUGUCCCCUACCUUCGAAGAGUUGCAGCUGCUCAUCAGUUGCAUCACACAGAAAAAUUUAAUGGGGUACCUUAUGGUUUGUUUUUGGGACCUAAGGAGUUAGAAGAAGUGGGGGGAAUGGAGGAGCUGGAGAAAGAGAUUAAAAGAAGAAUAAAGAUGUAUAAUAAAUAAAAAUAUGUAUAAAUUAAUUUUAUAUCAGUUUUUGAUGGUAUCUUGGUUUUUAUUACUUGUAGUAAAGAUAUAAAGCGAAAAAAGAAGGGAAAACAAAGAAAUUUUGUAUGAUUGAUGUAAUAUGAAAAAGAAAAAAGUAGAGUUCAUGUUUCA